UCAAAUCAUUUUCGUGUUCAGCUCUAGCUGAGCGCAUUUAGUUCAAUUCUGUGCGAAGCUGCGCGCGGGCGUCAAUUUUUUUACACUAUUUAUCAAGCGAUUUCGUAUUUUAUUUGCGAAUACAAAAGUUGCGCUGCUAAGUGAAUAGAUAAUAUAAUAGCUCCCGUUUGUUAGCCCCACCUCAGCGCUGUCAGUAUGAGUGCUGCGCCUGCCUCCCCAGCGUCCGGUGCUGCACUUGAAAUCAAUCUUGGAGCUGAGAUCUUUCACAGCAUAGCGUCCGCUGCGGCCGAUGAGAAUGUGAUUAUAUCGCCGCUGCUGCUCGAGGCGACACUUGCUCUGCUCUACCUGGGCUCCGAUGGCACGACUGCGGAGGAGCUGCAGCGGCUGCUGCAGCUGAAGCAGCGUUUCGCCAGCAAUGCGAAGAUGGCCAAUUACUAUGCAGCGGAGCUGGCUGCCGCAACGGGCGACCCGGACACACGCGUUCAGCUGCAGAAUCGCUUGCUGCUGCAGGCCAGCGCCGGCACGAGCAUUGCGGAUGACUUCCAGAAGAUUGCCCAAACAUAUUUCCACGCGACAGCCGAGUGCCUCGACUUGCAGCAGUCCGAGAAGCUGCGUCGCUAUAUCAGCGAUAAUAUGUUGGCCAGUGUUGGCGGCGGCACCUGGCAGCAGCCUCUUCAGGUGAACGUCAGCCAGGUGGCACAGCGGCUGCUGCUGCUGCUUGUGGCGCGUCUGCACAGCAAAUGGUUUCUGCCAUUCAGUGCCUAUCGCACGGGCCUCUACGAGUUCCACAGCUCCACGGGCGAGCCCAAGUCAGUGCCCAUGCUCUUCGACGAUGACAUGUUUGUGAAGUACGCGGAGCUGCGGGAGUUUAACGCGCGCGCCAUCGAGCUGCCCUACGAGCAUGCCGACGAAUUGGCCAUGCUGCUAAUCCUGCCCAACAGCCGCGACGCCUCGGCCUUGGCAGAGCUGGAAGCCCAGCUGCGAACUGUGGAUUUGGCUGCACUGCAGCAGCGCAUGCAGAUGGAGAGCGUUCAAGUGUUGCUGCCCAAGUUCUCCAUCGACUUUGAGUGCAGUCUACGGCAGGCACUAAAGCAGCUGGGUUUUUCGGAGAUUUUUAACAACGCUGCCAACUUCAAGCAUCUGCAUUCAGUUGCCAAUCAGCCAAUUGUCGAUGUGCUGCACAAGCUGCGCAUUGACCUAAACGAAUCGGGCUCCGGCUCAGAGUUGCCACAGCCAGCAACAGGCUAUAAGCCAAUUGUGAUUAGCAAUUCAUCGCGUCAAAAGUUCUUUCGGGCGGAUCAUCCAUUCUACUUUGCCAUUCGGGGCGAGAACGUGACCCACUUUGUGGGGCAUGUGGUUAGUUUUUAGUGGAGAUGAUUCAGAACAUAUAAUAAUAAUCAUAAUAAUAA